UAUAUAUAGAGAGAUAGAUACUAAGACAUAUAAACCAAACAUUCUUUGAUAUUUUUCUCCAUAAAUACAUAUCUCUUUUGUGUUUUGUAAUAGACCAAAUUCAAAAACGGAGGAUCAUGACAAGUUUUCACGAGGAGACGCGUCUAGUACUCCUCACCAAGGGGAAACGAACCAAACGUCCUCGAUCUGAGUCUCCUCAUAUGAACGCAGAAGCAGUGUCCGGCGUUUGCAGCGACCGAUCACUAGGGGCAAAAGAAGAAGAAGCUGGUGAAGUUGAGUUCCAGGGAGCUACGGACGAAGAUCAAGACAUGGCGAACUGUCUGAUGCUAUUGUCGCAAGGACACAAUGCAAAGAGUAGUGGCGAUCAUUUGUCGACGCAGAAGACUGGUUUCUUGAGCGACAAGAAACCGGUGGGUUCUCUAGGGUUAGGGCUAGACGGUGUUUACCCGUGCAAAACGUGUGAUAAAAGCUUCCACUCGUUUCAAGCGCUAGGAGGACACAGGGCUAGCCAUAAGAAGUCCAAACGCGACGAGAAGAACUCUGCGUCUGCGGUUGAAACGGUGGAAUCUGCAGAAGCUGUAGGAAGCUUUCUCUCUCUGCAAGUAACUAGCAGUGAUGGUAGCAAGAAACCUGAAAAAACACAUGAGUGUUCGAUCUGCAAGGCCGAGUUUUCUUCAGGACAAGCUUUAGGAGGUCAUAUGAGGAGACAUAGAGGUUUAAACGUAAACGCAAACGCUACUUCAAUAACCAAAGCCCUGUUAUCAUCAAGUCAUCACCAAGAACCUAUACGGCCAAAGAACUUUCUGGAGUUGGAUCUGAACCUUCCAGCGCCAGAAGAUGAACCAAAAUUCGUGUUUGCGUCCAAAGAUCAGAUGCUUCUCUUCGCGUCUGCGUCCAAUUCUUUGAUUGAUUGUCAUCACUAACUAAGUAGUUCUUGUAAUUACUUGUUUUACCUUGACAUGUUAAUCACUAACCCUUCUAUACUCUUAUUAUUAUUA